AUGUGCAGAUACGGUGCUUUCGGCGACAAUGGCCUUCGGCCCCAGCUGUCUGUCGGUGAGGGAGCGAAACCGUGGCGUCAACAACCAAUGAUAGGAUCGAUAUUUGGUCCUCAAAGCACCCGUGGCUCUGGUUCCGACGGGUUUCGAGAAAACGGUCGGCCAGUGACGAAGUCGCAGUGCUCGCACCUGUACUUGACGCCCGAGUGGUUGACCGACCGAUGCCGGCCGAGCUUGCGGACCGAUAUGGUCUUGAACGAACACUCGGAGCACGAGAAGAGCGGCAUGCCGGCGGCGGACGAGGUGGCUAUGCUGGACAACGGAGAGGCCAAGGAUGAGGUAGCGGUGGCCAUCGUCGAGGCAAAGUUCCGCUCUUGGCAUUGUACCGUGGGACGGCUGCCACCGAACAAUCGCAAAGAGGACGUAACGUCGACCGUCUGUGGCCGUGGUUCACUUCCACUGCGCCUCGCAGACCGUAACUCAGACAGAGAGAGAGAGGUUAACAGUGCCGGCCGCCAAAACUUAACCACCAGCCACCGCAGCACAAAAACGAGGAGAAUGCCAUGGCGCAGCUCUACGAGAGCAGGUGCUUUGCGGCUCGUAUCCAUCGCGCGAGAGCCGAACAGGUCACAGCUGCUGUAUCGCCUCACCGAAGGGAGUGGAAGCGAACAAGCGUUAACAAUGCGCCACCGCCGCGAGGGAAAGCUGAUCGCGCGAAGUCGAUGGCCACAAUCGGUAUCGACUGACGGUGAUGAUCCGCCGGCGAUUACACGAGAGCGCGGUGACACGCAGGAAGGGAGACAGGGAGGAGGGCCGCCGGUGCGGUGCAAGCAAGCACGAGGAGAGGCGCACGGCCGCGCGGCGACCACCGCCUCGACGACCUUCGUUCUGUCGAACAGCGAGUUGGAGCGAACGGAGAGAGACCGAGUACCGCAGGCGCUGCGGAACAUGUCCAGCCGACGAUAUGGUGGAGGGGGAUGGUUGCCGACGCCACCCGCAACCGUUCACCUCGCAAGCAACCAGCCCUGGUCUCCCUCCAGCCUUCUUAACUGUCCGUUCCUUUCUGCUCGGACAAGUCUGGUCUGGUCUGGUCUGGUCUGGUCUGGUCUGGUCUGGUCUGGUCUGAUUUGUUGUGCACGGCCGGCAAGUCGGUCGUCUUCGUCGUACGAGGCUAAAGCUAACAACGAGUGCGAAUGA